AUGGAGAAACUGGUCUCGGGGAGUCUCCGGCUCAUUCUGAAGGUGGCUGCCGACCCCAGAGAUUACCGAGUAUAUGCUGCAGGCGGGAUGGGCCUGGACCUCCGUCCACACAACCACCUCCAGCACUAUGACAUGCUCAAGGACAUGUGGGUGUCACUAGCACCCAUGCCCACCCCAAGAUAUGCCGCCACCUCCUUCCUCCGAGGCUCCAAGAUCUAUGUGCUAGGGGGACGGCAGUCCAAGUAUGCGGUCAAUGCCUUUGAGGUCUUUGACAUCGAGACUCGCUCGUGGACCAAGUUCCCCAACAUUCCCUGCAAGCGGGCCUUCUCCAGCUUCGUGACCCUGGACAACCACUUGUACAGCCUGGGAGGCCUGCGGCAGGGUCGGCUGUAUCGGCAACCCAAGUUCCUUCGGACGAUGGAUGUGUUUGACAUGGAGCAGGGGGGAUGGCUGAAGAUGGAGCGCUCCUUCUUCCUCAAGAAGAGACGGGCAGACUUUGUGGCUGGCUCUCUGAGUGGUCGGAUCGUAGUGGCAGGGGGACUUGGGAACCAACCCACUGUCCUGGAGACAGCGGAAGCAUUCCACCCAGGGAAGAACCGAUGGGAGGUGCUCCCUGCCAUGCCCACACCCCGCUGUGCCUGCUCCAGCAUCGUCAUCAAGAACUGCCUCCUGGCCGUGGGGGGCGUCACGCAGGGUCUGAGCGACGCUGUGGAGGCCCUGUGUGUCUCCGACUCGUAG